AUGAUUCAGCGACUUAUUGGGAUAACAGUUCACUUCAAUGGAAGCAAACCAGGUCGACACCUAUGUAUAACUAUGGACAUUGCGGUGCAUAUAGCAUAUGCAAUGCCUACAAUGUCGAAAGUUUCGAGUGCACAUGCUUGCCAGUUGCCAGGUUAUGAGCCCAAGUCCUUGAAGGCUUGGGCUCUCAGAGACGGUUCUGGUGGGUGUGUGAGGAAAAGUCAUCAAACAUCGAUGUGCAGAAAUGGAGAAGGGUUUGUUAAGGUAGGAUCUGUGAAGGUUCCUGACACUUCAAUAGCAGCUUUGAUGAACACGAGCAUGAGUAGCACUGACUGUGAGCAACUAUGCUUGAGGAAUUGUUCAUGUAUGGCAUUCUCCAGCUUAGAUAUUGAGAGGGAAGGAGUUGGCUGCUUGACUUGGUAUGGUGAAUUAAUGGACACGACAGAGUAUACAGAGGGGCGUGAGAUGUAUGUGCGAGUGGAUGCAAUUGAGCUAGAAAGGUUAAUUGUUGCUUUGAUGGAAAAUGAGCUCGAAGAUGGUCGGAAGUCUGCAGGCUUGAAAUUUUUUGAUAGAGGCACCAUAUUUGCUGCGACUAGAAAUUUCAGCCCAGUUAACAAACUUGGGCAAGGUGGUUUCGGCUCAGUUUAUAAGGUAAUAUCCUAA